UUUUUUCCGAUCCAUUCAUGACAAUCAUUACCCCUACCACACAGGUCAUUGCUCUCACAGCCUCAACCCACUUCCCCAUCAAAUUAACCACCUCAAAUUAUCCCAUAUGGAAGUUCCAGGUUCAUUCGGCCCUCAUUGGCCUCGGUCUCGACGGAUACGUCAAUGGCUCAAUUGCGGCACCGGAUCAAUAUCUGGAUACUGCCAAGACUCAACCGAAUCCAUGUUAUGCUAUUUGGUUUCGCCAAGACUGCACGAUCAUCAGUGCACUGCUUGGUAGUUGUGCCGAUGCUGUUCAACCGUUGAUCUCGUCAGUCACGACGGUAAGGCAAGCUUGGGACAAGCUCUCGCUCACCUAUGCGAGUACAUCACGAGGCAGAAUUAUCUCCCUCAAAAAUGCUCUCUCUCGGACCACAAAAGGUGGCCGCUCCAUCACCGAGUACGUUUCUGAAAUGUACGCCAUUUAUGAGGCGUUGGCUCUCGCUCAAAAUCCCAUUUUGGAGGAAGAUUUAGUCAUCAACAUUCUCAAUGGCCUUGGUCCAGAUUAUGGUGAACUUCGUUCGGCCAUACGUGUGCGCAACACCCCGCUUCCCCUUGCGGAGCUUCAGGACAUAUUACUGGAGCAUGAACAAAAACUCCAGGAAGCAGAUAUGUCUGUGCAAAAUCUGGUUCCCACAGCCCACUACACGCAUGCUCCAGGCCGUUCGUUUGAGUCCCAUAUGCACACUGACCGUCGUCCCACACAGACCACUGAUCGCCGAGGGCAUCAUGCUCGUCGUGGCUGUGGCGGCAAUAGUCAUGGUCAGUCCAGGAACCCCCCGUCGCAUGGUGUUGUCUGCCAAUUCUGUAAUUUCUCCGGGCAUGAAGCUAAACAAUGCCGAACAUUACAGAGGUUUCUUCGUGAACACCAUAUUAUUACCACUUCGGGUUCUGGUGCUCCUAUGGCUCACAAUACGAUGGUCAACCCCAUGACUGAAGGUCAGCAGUGGCUAUUUGACAGUGGGGCCUCUCACCAUGUCACAUCGGAUCAUUCCAACCUUCCGACCUAUGCUGAAUACGGAGGACCUAAUGAGGUCCAACUCGGUGACGGAUCGGGUCACAGGGGCGGUGCUCAUGCGCGGGGAGAACAUCCAUGAUGUCUACUAUGUUCCAUCACCAAAGUUUCCACAAAUCCAUCUGUCUCGGGUCUCAGUUCCAUCUCAUUGGCAUCACACGUUUGGUCAUCCGUCUCGUCGAAUUUUUGAUAUGUUAAUUCAUCAAAAUAAACAUGUUAUCCCAUGUAACAUUUCGU